CCGGCGCUGUGGGCCAUGCUGCGCGGGGCGGCGGCGGCGGCCCGGCGGUGCGGGCUCGGCCCCGGCCCCGGCCCCGGCCCCGGCCCCGGCCCCGGCCGGGGGCAGGCGGGGACGCGGCGGUGCUGUGGUGCGGGGACGCGGCGGGAGUGGGCGCCGCCGGCGGGGCGCGACUGCGGGAUCGUGGCUUACAACAGCCGGAGCCGGAGCAAGGAGCCGCUCGUGCUGGCCACGGAGGGAGUGGCGACCUGGUACAGCUGCGGGCCGACAGUGUAUGACCAGGCACACCUCGGGCACGCCUGCUCUUAUGUUAGGUUUGAUAUAAUUCGAAGGAUAAUGACGAAGUUUUUUGGAAUUGAAGUGAUCAUGGUGAUGGGGAUCACAGACAUAGAUGACAAGAUAAUAAAAAGAUCCAAUGAGAUGAAUGUAUCACCAGUAGCUCUUGCUCGUUUUUAUGAAGAAGACUUUAAACAAGAUAUGGCUGCCUUAAAGGUCCUCCCUCCUACAGUAUAUAUGAGGGUGACUGACAAUAUUCCUCAGAUAAUUUCCUUUAUAAAAACAAUAAUUGCAAAUGGACAAGCUUACACAACCUCGCAAGGCAAUGUUUAUUUUGAUGUUAAGUCCUGGGGAAAAAGAUAUGGAGUAUUAACUGCUAUUAAUCCUGAUACCCAUGAUGAAGCAGUUGAAUCUGAUAAACGACACGGUAAAGAUUUUGCCCUGUGGAAGGCUGCCAAGCCUCAAGAGCUAUCUUGGGAUUCUCCCUGGGGAAAAGGAAGACCUGGAUGGCACAUUGAGUGUUCCACAAUAUCAAGUGCAGUGUUUGGAAAGCAGCUGGACAUCCAUACUGGUGGAAUAGAUCUUGCAUUUCCUCACCACGAAAAUGAAAUUGCACAGUGUGAGGUGUAUCAUCAGUGUGAGCAAUGGGGGAAUUACUUUUUGCAUUCUGGGCAUUUGCAUGUUAAAGGAAGUCAAGAAAAAAUGUCGAAGUCAUUGAAAAACUACAUAACAAUUAAGGAUUUCCUGAAGAAAUUUUCGUCAGAUCAGUUCAGGAUGUUUUGUUUGCGUGGCAGAUACAGCUCAGCAGUAGAAUUCAGUGACAAGAGCAUGGAUGAUGCAAAGAACCUUCUUCAGGCAACCUCCUCAUUUAUUACAGAUGCAAAUGCAUAUAUAAAAGGACAGCUGGUGUGUGACCCUAUUAGAGAAGACAUACUGUGGGAACGGCUAGCCAACACAAAAGUAACCGUGAAGGCUGCGUUUGCAGAUGACUUUGACACCUCCAGGGCUGUUGCAGCAAUUAUGGACCUCAUUCACCAUGGCAACAGACAGCUUAAGGCUGUUACUAAGCUCACUUCGUCACUCAAGGCAAGCACCUCAGCCUUGUUGCUGUGCUCCUUGAUUGCUGGUGUCAUCUGUUCAUCAUGUUUGUGCUGUAAAAGAAACGUUGACUCCAUGGUAAUAACUGAUUUUAAGAGAGAAUUAGCCUGUUGAUUUAGAAAUCGUGCUUCCUGCUGGUCCUCUUUUGGCAUUGGCUGUAAAUUCUGCCCUUAGCCUUUUACAAAAGCACUUCUACAAAAGCACUUUUACAAAAUAAAUCUCUAAGCAAAUUCACUCCUAAAUACAGGUAAGCAAAAAAAAAAAAUCACUCCUAAAUACAAGUAACCUCAUUUUGUCAGUAAUUUCUCGUUCUCCCCUGAAUUCCUCCUGCCAAUUCUUUUGUUGAGAAUGGGAUGGGGUAUUUGUGGGGCAGCUGCCUCCGAUUCUGGUUGGAGUGGUGGAGCUUUCUGGGUACAGCCCAGAUGUCCGAGUGUUCCCUGUUACUGGCUCUGUCUGUAGUUUUUCUCCUUAAGAGCUCUGAGUAAAUCCACAUAACUACUUAUUCCUCUCUUUAACCUUCUUGCCAUUCUUAGCUUAGUUAGCAUGUUCCUGUUUCUUUGUCUCAGUGGCCCGCUCCAGCUCCUCCCAGUUCAGAUCUUCUACACAUUUUAGGUUAUGGUUUAUGUCAGGCCCUAACGAAGAUGUCUGGUAAAAUCCAGUACCAGCUGUUCAUUUGCUUGUGUGUGUCAUCACUCUUAUUUCUUAGGCAAGGCUUAGUCCCUUAAAUUGCUCCUCAGUCUAUCAUUUAAUCUUGAUUUUAUUGCUGCUGCUGCUGCUGGUUUCUGGUGCUACCAGGGCAUGACAAAGUACCAUACACUAUCUCUGAGAGGUCUCCACAUUGAUCAAAUCAGUAAGACGCUCAAAGAAUGAUUUUAUUUUUUUAAUCCUUUAUACUAUAGGUGCCCAUGAAUCUGGGAUUUUUUUCUUUUUAUUUUGUUGCCAUACACACAGCCCUUUCAUGCCCAGAAGUGCUAUUUUUAUGUCUAAUUCACUGCACACAUGUAAUGCACGGCAGCUUCACAAGCGUCUCUUGUCCUUGCUGUGCAGGUUGGUGAUAAGCUCUUCCCUUCCCUCAUUUAUUUAAAUCUUUUCCCUUUGUGCUGUGAGGUGCUUUUAUAUCUCUGUAAGAUUGCCCGUCUGGGCAGGUGUUCCUGGUGGAGGUAGAUCUAUAUAAUUAGUAAGAGUUUUCCCCUGUGGACUAGGCUACAGAGAGAUGCUGGGUUCUGUAAUAUGUAUUGACUGGGCAAUCUC